AAUCUUUCGCAAUCCAUAUACAUAAUGAAAAACAAGAUUAAAUUAAAAAUGUCAGCUUUGAAAGUGAUCCAUAUCGUCUGUGCUUAUCACCAAACAACAGUAGAUACGUAUUAAAGCAUAUUAGAUAUUCAUAACCUUAAAUAGUUUCUGCGUGUCCGUUACAUGGUUCCUUAGUCCAUCAUCUUUUUUACAGACCAUCGAAAAUGAUCUUGAAAUUUUUUAAGACGCCUGGUCUAAAGACAGGCCAACUGAAAAAUAAACUACAUAAGGUAUUGCAAAUCGAAGCCUCAGUGACCAGCCUUGAGACCGAAUUGUGUUAUUAUGUAGAAACAGAAUCACUAGAGGAAGAUGAAGUGCAAGUAUUAAAAUGGAUCUUGUCACCUCUCUUAGAAGGAGAAUGUUUGCGAUGUGAUAGUAUGUUCAGUGAUACUCAAAACCAUGUUAUUGAAAUUGGACCCAGAUUGAAUUUCUCCACUGCAUUUUCUACCAAUGUGGUUUCUAUAUGCAAAACUGUCAAAUUAAAUAAAGUAAAAAGAGUAGAAGUAGCAAUCAGAUAUUGCAUUAAACAUAAAAGAAGAUUAAACGAAAAAAUAGAAAACGCUAUUAUAAAUGUGUUGGGAGAUAGAAUGACAGAAUAUAGAUAUAUGAAACCUAUUGAAACAUUUGAUCAUGGUUUUAGACCAGAAAAAUGGUUUGAAGUUGAUAUAAUUAAAAAAGGUAGAAGUGCUUUGGAAGAAGUUAAUUUUAAAUUGGGUUUGGCAUUUGAUGACUGGGAUUUAGAUUUUUAUACAGAAUUAUUUCUUAAAAAAUUAAAACGGAAUCCAACCAGCGUAGAAUGUUUCGAUCUUGCUCAAUCUAACAGUGAACAUAGUCGCCACUGGUUCUUUAAAGGACGCAUCAUUUUGAAUGGAAAAGAAGAAAAACAAUCUCUGAUUGACAUGAUUAUGGAUACGCAAAAUUACUCUAAUUCAAAUAAUGUAAUAAAAUUCAGCGACAAUAGCAGUGCGAUAGAAGGAUUUGAGAUUCCUGUUUUACGUCCUAUAAAUACUUAUAAAUGCAGUAACUUCCAUCUGGAAAAUAUCAAACAGCAUCUUAUUUUUACAGCAGAAACACAUAACUUUCCAACUGGCGUUGCACCUUUCAGUGGCGCCACAACAGGUACUGGAGGUCGAUUGAGGGACAUUCAAGGAAUCGGUAGAGCUGGAUAUUACAUAGCAGGCACUGCUGGUUACAGUGUUGGUAAUCUCUGUAUUCCAGCAUGUAAUAUUACAAUUCUAGCAAAACGAGGUAUGAAAGUAGCCAAAAUUGGUGGACCUGUUUAUAGAAUUGGUGUAGGUGGAGGUUCAGCAAGUUCCAUGGAAGUGCAGGGUGAUAAUAGUAUGGAAUUAGACUUCGGUGCUGUGCAACGGGGCGAUCCCGAGAUGGAGCAAAAAUUAAAUCGUGUUGUGCGUGCGUGCGCAGAGAUGGGUGAUAGCAAUCCAAUCCUUAGUAUCCACGAUCAAGGUGCUGGUGGUAACGGAAACGUUUUAAAAGAGUUAGUGGAGCCUGCCGGUGCUGUGAUCUUCACAAAGAAUUUUGAUCUUGGGGAUCCUAGUGUAAGCACGUUAGAACUUUGGGGUGCAGAAUAUCAGGAGAGCAAUGCAAUUUUAUGCAAAUCAGAAGACAGCGUGUUACUGAAGAAAAUUGCUGCACGUGAAAAAUGUCCGAUUAAUUUUGUUGGCAUUGUCACUGGAAAUGGGAAAAUUAUUGUUUCUGAGGAAGAAAAUUGGGAUAUUUCAAAAUAUCUUAAUUACGAGGAUAAGAAUCUAGAUAGCAGUAAGCAUCCAGUGAAUCUAGAGCUGGAAGUAAUUCUUGGAAAAAUGCCACGCAAGGUUUUCAAAUUACAUGAUAUGUCGGUACAGAAAUUUCCAAUAAAUCUGCCUGAUGGAUUAACUGUACUUAGCGUGUUGGAUAGAGUUUUAAGGCUUCCUUCGGUUGCUAGUAAACGGUAUCUGACGAAUAAAGUAGAUCGUUGCGUGACUGGCUUAGUUGCUCAACAACAAUGUGUUGGUCCAUUGCAUACUCCUCUGGCAGACGUUGCUGUGACAGCCAUUUCGCAUUUUUCUACGAAAGGCAUCGCCACUUCCAUUGGUGAACAGCCAAUUAAAGGAUUAGUCAACGAUGCAGCCGGCGCUCGAAUGACAGUAGCUGAAGCACUUAGCAAUCUAGUGUUUGCGCAAAUUUCUGUAUUGCAAGAUGUCAAGUGUAGUGGCAAUUGGAUGUGGCCGGCAAAACUUCCAGGUGAAGGUUCAGCACUAUACAAGGCUUGCUCAGCAAUGUGUUCUCUAAUGAAGGAACUUGGGAUUGCGAUCGAUGGCGGUAAGGACUCACUUAGCAUGGCUGCACGUAUCAAUGAGGAUAUUGUAAAGGCACCCGGCACUCUCGUCAUAUCUUGUUAUGCACCGUGUCCUGAUAUUUGUCAAGUAAUCACUCCGGAUCUCAAAGCUCCCAUUAUAGGACGACAAGGUUGUCUGCUCUUUAUUGAUUUGUCUUAUGGCAAGAGUCGGCUUGGAGGAACUGCUUUGUCUCAGGUAUAUUGUCAAUUAGGCAAUGAUGUGCCGGACAUCGAAGACGUGCAAACUUUCAAGAACGCCUUUAUUGCUACGCAGCAGUUAAUAGCCGACAAAAAAGUUCUCGCCGGUCAUGACAUUAGCGAUGGAGGACUGAUUACAUGUCUUCUAGAAAUGUGCUUUGCUGGAAUCUCAGGAAUCAACGUUAAUAUAACUCAUAAACCUGAUUCUGCUAUUGAUGUUUUAUUUUGCGAAGAGCUUGGUUGGGUAUUAGAAGUCGAUGAAAAAUACCAAGAUGAAGCAGUGAAAAUGUUACAAUGCUACGGAGUUCCAGUAUUUUUAAUCGGAAAGUCUGUAGGCCUUGGAAUGAACUCUGAGGUGGUCGUUAAAGUUCGAAAUGAAAUUGUAUUAAGCACUACAGUAAUUGAUUCAAUGAGCAUUUGGGAAGAAACUAGUUAUCAACUAGAACGCCGUCAAACAAAUGUCACUUGUGCAUUAGAAGAAUUUUCCCAGCUAAGAGAACGAACUGUUCCAGCUUAUCGCUUAGAUUUUGAUCCUGCUAGAUCUCGUCCAAUACUAAAGGAUAUAGCAGAACGUGUUAAGGUAGCCGUCAUACGUGAGGAAGGGAUUAAUGGAGAUAGAGAAAUGGUAGCUUCUCUGUUGGAAGCGGGCUUCGAUGUCUGGGAUGUUACAAUGCAAGAUUUGCUGGAAAACCAAAUUAUAUUGGAAGUCUUUAGAGGCGUUAUCUUCCCUGGUGGUUUCAGCUUUGCCGAUGUUUGUGGUUCCGCAAAGGGAUGGGCAGCCAGUUUCCUUUUUCAUUCAUCUUUACGUGAGCAAUUACGGCGAUUUGUUGCUCGUGAAAAUACUUUCAGUUUGGGUGUUUGCAAUGGUUGUCAAUUAAUGAGCAUAUUAGGCUGGAUUGGCGACGAAGAUACUAAAGACGGAGAGAGAUCAGGAAUUUGUUUGGAUCAUAAUCUCUCAGAAAGAUUUGAGUGCAGAUGGGCCACUGUUAGAAUUGAGAACUCGCCAUCAAUUAUGUUAAAAGACAUGCAGAAUAGUGUGUUAGGUGUAUGGGUGGCUCAUGGAGAGGGAAGAUUCACUUUUCGCGAGGAAGUUCUGAAAACUCUUGAGCAGAAUAACUGCGUAGCAAUCAGAUAUACGGAUGAUUAUGGAAAUCCAACUGAACGCUAUCCUAUGAAUCCGAACGGUAGCGUAAAUGGAAUUGCUGGAAUUUGUUCUAAAAAUGGUCGGCACUUGGCAAUGAUGCCGCAUCCGGAGAGGUGUACACAAAUGUGGCAAUGGCCUUGGAAACCAGCAGAAUGGAACUAUGAAGCCUCACCAUGGCAACGACUUUUCGACAAUGCAUAUACGUGGUGCCAAGAAUAAAAUUAGGGAAUUCGAAUCAAGUUCAAUAAUAUAUUUAAUCAAAGAACUUUAAUUCCAUAAUACAAUUACCUCAUUUACUUUAUUAUUGUUCACUUUUACACUUGAUACAA